CUAUCGUUAUAAAAACGUUUCGCGAGUUUAUAUUUUUACAAGUUGUUUUUUACAAGAGGAACUAACCAGUAAGAUAAGAAUGAAACUGUUCGUUGUAUUCGCACUAUGCGUCGCCGCGGCUUCGGCCUUCGUGGUUCCUCCCACCGUAACUGGUAUGGAUGCAGCUGAGAUCCAGGAGAUCAUCGACUCCAUCUACCAUCCAAGCACGGACCCUGCAACUGCUGCUGCUCUCGAACAGAUGCUCCUUGAGAUUCUCGGCAUCAACAAGCCUGUCAACGUUGAAGAGGAUGAAAUUGUUCCCAUUGAACUCCCUGCGAUCAUUGACGAAUCGAUCAUCGUCCAACCUGGACAGAACGAAGAACUUACACCCAUCGACACCAACCCGGCAAUCAUCGAUGAGUCCAUCGUCUCUGAGCCUGCCAACUAUCGCCCUGCCCUUGUACAAGUCAUCGUCAAUGUUAACACCAACGCUCCUGGCAACGCUGUUGUUGUAGAGCAACCUGAACAGACCAUUGUGGUUGACAAUCCCGAGGUUGAUGAAGUGGUUGUUGUUGACCAGCCCGAGGUUGAUGAAGUGGUUGUAGUUGACCAGCCCGAGGUUGAUGAAGUGGUUGUAGUUGACCAGCCCGAGAUUCCCGAAGAAGUUAUCGUGGCUCCAGUGAUCAUCCCCGAAGAGCCAGUUGAGGUGCCUACGCCCGUGAUCGUUUCUCCCAUCGAAACAAUUCCUGCUAUCAACAUCCCUGAAUUUCAUCAUGACUGCGCAUGCCAUGCCAAGGGUCAACUGAUGUGUCGUAUUAUGACGCUGAUCCUCAAAAUGAAAUACUUCGUUGUUUUCGCUCUAUGCGUCGCCGCGGCUUCGGCCUUCGUGGUUCCGCCCACCGUAACUGGUAUGGAUGUAGCUGAGAUCCAGGAGAUCAUCGAUUCCAUCUACCAUCCAAGCACGGACCCUGCAACUGCUGCUGCCCUUGAACAGAUGCUCCUUGAGAUCCUCGGCAUCAACAAGCCAGUCAAUGUCGAAGAGAAUGAAAUUGUUCCCAUUGACGUUGGGCCCGCAAUCAUCGAUGAGUCGAUCAUUGUCGAACCUGGACAGAACGAAGAACUUACACCCAUCGACACCAGCCCCGCAAUCAUCGAUGAGUCCAUCGUCUCUGAGCCUGCCAACUAUCGCCCUCCCCUUGUACAAGUCAUCGUCAAUGUUAACGCCAACGUUCCUGGCAACGCUGUUGUUGUAGAGCAACCAGAACAGACCAUCGUUGUUGACAAGCCCGAGGUUGAAGAUGUGGUUGCAGUUGACAUGCCCGAGGUUCCCGAAGAAAUUAUCGUGGCUCCAGUGAUCAUCCCCGAAGAGCCAGUUGAGGUGCCUACGCCUGUGAUCGUUGCUCCCAUCGAAACAAUCCCUGCAGGGACUUUCCCUGGCAUCAUCCUCAACUAA